UCAUAGACUCCAGCCCAAUCUCUGUUUCCCCCUUGGUACAUCAAGGAGGUUGGGAGCGGGGAGAGGACCCCCACUGCUUUCUGUGGGGAAGGAAGGAAAAAUAGCCAUGGAUUUCACGGACCUGCCUGGCUCUGAGCUGCUCUCUGAAAAGAGAGACUGCUGCAGGGGGUUGGUUUAGCAUGAGCCAUGGCACAUGAUUUUUCAGCGCGUGGUCCCUCAGGGCACACAUGGGGGAGAAUGAGGAGGAGGAGGCUAAGGCUUAGACAAAGCUCUAUGCAGCAGGAAGUGUCUCUGCUGUUGCUUUGGCCCUUCCAUGGCUUCUCCUAGGCUGGAGACCUUCUGCUGCCCCAACCGGGAUGCAGCCACACAACUGAUGUUGAAUUUUCAGCCUCAAAUUUUCAACGGCGUCUGCCUGGGAAGUGCUUCAGCCAACCUCCUGCUCAGCAUCUUCCAGCUCCUUCCCAAACGAGGCCAAGGCCCCAGGAAACUAACUCAAACCUCCUCUGCCAGCAUCCUGCUCUUCAUCUCUGCCUGUGACCUUCUUGGCUGUCUGGGUGUAAUAUUCAGGUCCACAGUGUGGUUAGGAUUCCCAGAUUUCGUUGGAAACAUCUCGGUGGUGAAUGGGACAGAUGGAUGGCCCUCAGCUUUCUGUGUAGGGAGUGCAAUGUGGAUUCAACUGCUGUACAGUGCUUGCUUCUGGUGGUUGUUUUGCUAUGCUGUAGAUGCCUACCUUGUUGUUAGAAGAUCAGCAGGCUCAAGUACAAUCUUUCUGUACCACUUUAUGGCCUGGGGUCUGGCCAUACUGCUCUGCGUGGAGGGAAUUGCUAUGCUUUACUACCCUUCUAUGUCCAGCUGUGAAAACGGUCUGGAGCAUGCAGUCCCACACUACAUCACCACAUACGUCCCACUCCUCCUUGUCCUGGGACUUAACCCAAUCCUGUUCCACAGAACGGUCACUUCAGUGGCCUCUUUGCUGAAAGCAAGACAAGGCAUUUACACCGAGAAUGAGAGACGCUUGGGAGCAGUGAUUCAAGUCCGCUUUUUCAAGAUUAUGCUGGUGUUUGCUAUUUGCUGGUUGUCAAAUAUCAUCAAUGAGAGCCUUUUGUUCUACCUUGAAAUGCAGCCAGAUAUCAAUGGAAGCCCCUUGAAAAAUGUCAGAAAUGCAGCCAUGAUCACGUGGUUUAUAAUGGGAAUCCUGAAUCCGUUGCAGGGCUUCCUCUUCUCCCUGGCUUUUUAUGGAUGGACGGGAUGUCACUUGGACUGGAAGUGUCACCAGAAGGAAAUCCAGUGGGACUCGAUGACCACGUCCGCUGCUGACCACGCCUACAGCUCUCCCGUGGGAUCGUCUCUUAACUAUGAAAGUUACGCCCCGGGGAAGACUGUGGUGGUGAAUGGGAACAAUUCCGAUGAGGCCUUAGGCAUGCUGUCUGAAGGUUCCGAUGCCAGCACGAUUGAAAUCCCUAUUGCGAGUGCAUCUUAUAACCUAAAAGAUGUUGAUGCCACUCUAGAGACCCAGGGAAGUCAUGAAAAGCAAGCGCUGGUGAACUAGAGAGAUGGAUUCCAGUGCCAUUCCGAAGGACCUCUUUGAGGAUGUCCCGUUUUACCGUCGUCCUUUCUUCCCCUCAGCACAACUGCCUCACUGUGACUCCUCCCUGCAGUCUGAGUUUGAGGGCUAGAGAGGGAUGUCUUAGUGGAGAAUUCUUUGAAAUUUCUCUUUUUAAAAAUUUUUAUUCUAAAUAGUCAAGCUGACUGUGUUCUUUUUGUGGAGAGGUGGGACAAGUCAACCUGGUUAACUAGUCUAGCUAGCUUUCCCUUUCCUCUCAGUGACCCUGAGAAAGUGUAGGCUUAAAGUCCCUCAGCAUUCUGGGACAUCUGAACUACAAAUCCCCAAAUGCAGAAGAUAAGAAAAUGAGCAACCACAAAGUACUAUUUAUUGAACGAUCAGUCAGUGCUAGGCACUGAAUGCUUACUGUGUGCCGAGAAGUUU